AUGGCAGCUAGUGCAGUGCUAGAGGAGGUACUGGCUUCCGUUGAAAGUGAGCUGCAAGCAGUGGAGAUGCAGAUCCAGGAGCUUGUGGAUAAACAGCAGGAACUCCUUCAAAAGAAGAUGAGGAUACAGAGUCUGAUAAAGCAGUCCUUGGGAGAGUCGGAGGCAGGUGGAAGUAAAGACACUGAAACCUCACCCGAGGCAUGGAACAAAAAAGAUUUUCCAUGGUAUGAGAAGAUAAAAACUGUACUGCAGAGCACGUUUAAACUCCACAAGUUUAGGUCCUUGCAACUCGAAACAGUAAAUGCUGCAAUGGCAGGAAAGGAUAUAUUUCUUGUCAUGCCUACGGGUGGUGGGAAGAGCCUUUGCUACCAGCUACCAGCUGUCUGUUCUGACGGUUUCACGCUUGUGAUUUGUCCUUUGAUCUCGCUUAUGGAAGACCAGCUCAUGGUUUUGGAACAGCUUGGAAUUUCUGCAACGCUGUUAAAUGCCUCAAGCAGUAAGGAACAUGUGAAGUGGGUUCACACCGAAAUGCUGAACAGAAACUCAGAGCUGAAGCUCCUUUACGUGACCCCGGAGAAGAUCGCAAAAAGCAAGAUGUUCAUGUCAAAGCUAGAGAAAGCUUACCAGGCGGGGUGUCUCGCUCGCGUCGCUGUCGAUGAGGUCCACUGCUGUAGUCAGUGGGGCCAUGACUUCAGGCCUGACUACAAGUCCCUUGGUAUCUUGAAAAGACAGUUUCCCAACACUCCCUUGAUUGGGUUGACAGCAACUGCCACAAAUCAUGUUUUAAAGGACGCUCAGAAAAUUUUGCAUGUGCAGAAGUGCAUAACCUUCACUGCUUCUUUCAACCGGCCCAAUCUUUACUACGAGGUUCGGCAUAAGCCUUCAAAUAAUGAAGAUUUCAUUGAGGACAUAGUUAAGGUCAUUAAUGGAAGAUACAAAGGACUCUCAGACGUCUCAAUACACCCAAAAAAUUACUGUUUUUCUCAGAAGGAUGCUGAGCAAGUAACUGUGGGUUUGCAGAGACUGGGGAUCAAGGCAGGGACUUACCAUGCAAACAUGGAUGCUAAAUACAAGACCAAAGUUCAUAGAGGAUGGGCAGCAAAUCAAAUCCAGGUUGUAGUGGCGACUGUUGCUUUUGGCAUGGGAAUUGAUAAACCCGACGUGAGGUUUGUAAUUCAUCAUUCUAUGAGCAAAUCCAUGGAGAACUACUACCAGGAGAGCGGGCGUGCAGGUAGAGAUGACCAAAAGGCUGACUGCAUUUUGUAUUACGGUUUCGGAGAUAUAUUCCGGAUCAGCUCAAUGGUGGUGAUGGAAAAUGUGGGGCAAGAGAAGCUGUACGAUAUGGUGUCUUACUGCCAGGACAUGAACAAGUGUCGCCGGGUCCUUAUAGCCCAUCACUUUGACGAAGUAUGGGAUUCGGCACGCUGCAACAGGAUGUGCGAUAACUGCUGCAGGGGGAGCUCCAGUGAGAAAACGGACAUAACGGGAUACUGCAGGGAUCUGAUCAGGAUACUCGAGCAAGCUGAAAACAGGAGUGAGAAACUCACCCCCCUGAAGUUAAUCGAGGCGUGGUCUGGUAAGGGGGUAUCCAAGUUCAGGGUGGCUGAAGUCAUUCCACCAACGCACCCUCGGGAGGAACUGGAGAGGAUUAUCGCCCAUUUACUGCUGCAGCAGUAUCUGAAGGAAGACUUCAGCUUCACGGCAUUUGCUACAAUAUCCUACCUGAAGAUAGGACCCAAAGCAAGGCUGCUGGGAAAUGAGGCACACGUUGUCACUAUACAAGGGCUAACGAACAAGAAAAGCGUUUACAAGGACAAGCCAUCUCGAUCUUCACCUUCGAAAGGAAGCAGAGAAAAUGCUCGGACUAUUGCAAAGACUGUCCAGGCUUCCGCGGUGAGGAAUUCUCAGGAACACAAACGGCCCAGCAGUGGCUCCAACAUAAAAGCGAAGAAGCUUAAACUUCAGUGGGGUGGCGAUGACCAGCCAGUAGUUCUGGACUGA